UAUACCGUACUAUAUAAUCUCAUAAUAUUAUUUAAUCACUGCAUGUAUGUGAAUCUCCUUUUCUGUGACAUUUAAUUAGAAUAUAUCCACUUAUCUAAAAGAACCUUCUUCUUUAUUUUUUCUUUUAAAUCAAUCCCUUUUUUCCCACCCUUCACUAAAACCCUCACUUGUCGAAGCUCUAUAAAUACACAAUGCGUCGACGCAUAUAUUUACCAUCACAAUAAAAACUCUCUCAUUCAAUCUUCUCUUUUUCGAAGUAUAUUUAUACAUAUUUUUUUGCGAAUUUCUUUUUUUUUUUUUUUGAAGUUUGAAUUUGAUCGAAAAUGGAUCGGAUAGCAAACAUAUCUUCGCAGAAAGCAGUGGUGAUAUUCAGCAAGAGUAGUUGCUGCAUGUGCCAUGCAAUAAAGAGACUGUUCUACGAUCAAGGCGUAAGCCCUUUGAUCCACGAGCUCGACGAGGAUUCAAGGGGAAAAGAAAUGGAGUGGGCCCUUAUGAAACUAGGCUGCAGUGGUCCAACCGUUCCAGCUGUUUUUAUCGGCGGUAAACUCGUCGGAUCAGCCAAUACCGUUAUGACACAUCAGCUCAACGGCUCCCUCAAGAAGAUGCUUAAAGAUGCCGGAGCCUUAUGGCUUUAGUAUUCACUAGUUAUAAUAAAAGAAAAAAAAUGUAAGAAACCACAAAACAAAUUGUACCGAAACUUUUCGUUUUUUUUUUUUUUUUUUUUUGGGUAGGAUCGCGCGCGGCUUUUAAGUACUGUAUGAAGGGAUAAGUUGUAAAACUCUUUAUACAUGCAUCCAAAUUAAAUCGAGUUUUAAUUUGUGAAGUAUAUAUUGACGUGGCUCUUUUUUUCAA